AUGGAUGAGACAUCUUCAUCAUCUUCUUCAACUGAAAAUUCAUCAUCAAAUUCUUCAACUGAAUAUUCAUCAUCAUUGUCAACAUCAGUUAAACUAAAUGUUACAAAAACAAAAACAAAUAAACGGAAAUUAAUGCUGUUCAUCGAAGGUUAUAAUUUUCAAUUCAAAAGUUUUAAUAAAAAUAAAACUAUUAAAUUUUGGUGGUGUGCUGAUAGCAGUUGUGGUAUGAUUUUACAUACAAAUCUUGAUGAUGAAUUUAUACGUUUUACUGGAAAAGUUACUGAUCAAUCUCAUUUACCAAAUCCAGUACAAUUAGAAAUACGAAAUUCGAGAGAAACAAUGCGAGAAAGAGCUGAAAAUGAAUUAUUACUGUUACAAGAAAUUGCUGAGCAAGAAAUACGUAAAGCUUUACUUACAGCUGAAGCUCUUGUUGCUCUACCUCAUGUAACAACUAUUGGUAUGAUACUAAUAUUUUUAUGUAAAGUUAAUUCACUUAUCUGUUUUUUGUUUAUGUUUCUCUCAGGUCAUAAUCUAAUACAUAAUCGCUGGAAAAUGAAUCCUCAUCUUCUAUCAUCAUCUUCUUUUUUUAUUCCCGAUAUAUACACAAAAGAUUAUCAUAAUAAUGCUCGACUAUUAUUACACGAUAGUGAUGAUCCAAAAUUUCAAAUCAAUCAAUUAGAAAACGUACAAUCUACAGGAAGAAUUUUAGUAUGGUCAUCAGAUAUUCAAUUGAAAUUGUUAUUUCAUAGUGAAAGACAUGUUAAAUCAGUUGGUUUAUCAUCAGCUGAUUUAGAUAAUCUUACGAUACGCAGUGUUAUUCGAAAAAUAAUGGCACUAGCUUUAGUACCUGAACGACAUAUUCCGUCAUUAUUUGCUCGUCUUGGACAAGAAUUAAGUGAUGCUGAACGUGAUGAAAUAGCUGAUUUAUUCAAAUAUUUUAAUGAUCAUUAG